CAAACCGAGUGCAUACUUGUUACAAAGCUAGUGUUUGUACGUGAAGGUGUUUUACGGUGUUUUUAACCAAUUCUCGAGCAAUUAUACGUGUUUGUCAGCGUUAAUUACAAAUAUAAUGCAACGCAUUUAUGAUUUUAAACGUAAUUAAAUCAGAAAAGAAAAGACGGCGCGUAUGCUUUGUUUUUAUGUUUUUAAUGCGCUUCUGGAGCAAUGAAGAUCACAGACAGCCUUUUGAGGAGUUUUAAAGUUGCCAGGACCUAUCGACUGAAUUCAGAGAAAGUUAAUUGUGUGGACUACAGCUCAAAUGGUGAACAUGCAGUUUCAAGCAGCAACGACGACUGUAUUGUUUUAUAUGACAUCCAGGAGGGAAAGCCGUCCAGCACCCUGUACAGCAAGAAGUACGGAGUAGACCUGAUCCGCUUCACACAUGGGGAGGCCCAUACUGUGAUCUUCAGCUCCAACAAACUGGAUGAUACAAUUAGAUAUCUGUCGCUCACGGACAACAAGUUUAUCCGAUAUUUCCCUGGUCACACUGCAAGGGUAACUGCACUCUCUAUGUCUCCGGUGGAUGAGACUUUCAUCUCUAGUUCGUUGGAUAAGACGAUCCGCAUCUGGGAUCUGCGUUCUCCCAACUGUCAAGGUUUGACUGACCCUCUGGGAAAACCUGUGUGUUCAUUUGACCCGGAUGGACUGGUUUUUGCAGCAGGAGUGGAAUCACAGGCCAUCAAACUGUACGACAUUCGGGCCUUUGACAAGGGUCCCUUUGCAUGCUUUGAGGCCAGAUUAAAUCGGGUCUGUGACUGGACUGGACUGAAAUUCAGUAACGACGGGAAGCUUAUUCUCAUUUGCACCAAUGGAGGAGCUGUUCGCAUCCUGAAUGCCUUCAGUGGAUCGGUGCUGCACACUUUUUCAGGCUAUAACAACAGUAAGGGCAUCUCCCUGGAGGCCUCCUUCACCCCAGACUCACAGUUUGUCAUGAUUGGUUCAGAGGACGGACGAGUUCAUGUUUGGAGCACUGAAAGUGGGAUGAAGGUGGCCGUGCUGGACGGCAAACAUCCAGGAUCCAUCAACACUCUGCAGUUUAACCCCGGAUACAUGACAUUUGCCAGCGCCUGCACAAACAUGUCUUUUUGGCUCCCGUGCAUUGAUGACUUAUAGUGGGUCCAAAACGCUUUCCCAUCCAGCAGUGAAGUGGGAUAUCCUAAUGUGUUGGACUCUUUUUGGGCACAGUUACAAACUUGUUACCAGAGUCAUUCAGAAGUAUUUUUAAAUGCUGUUAUUGUUGCAUUUUUGAUGUUUUGUUUGCUCCAGUAUUCGGAUGCUCUUGAAAAGCCUGUCACCUUUUUUUAAAAUAAUAUUUUAACACCAUUUAGGUACACCUAGUUUACAACUUUUAUACCAUGUCUUUGGCAUGUCUUCUUCAAUAAACAGUUUUUAUUUAAAUUUUUAAUAAACUGUUUGGAAACCAA